GCGGAAAAACGAGCUAUGCAAAAUGUUGCUUUCCUUGCUCAAUUAUAUUUGAGAAAAGUCCUCUCUCCAUUCCUCUCAAUUGGGUUCUACUGUGAAAUUGCACCAUAAUUCCAUGCUUUACUUUCAUCUAGAACUCUCACACAGAACAGAACGAGAGAGAGAGAGUGUCAUUUUCAUCCUUUUCAUCUUCCACGCCAAAUGAGGAUAUGCCCAUAAAUAUCCUCUUUCAUGUUAUCCUGAGAAACUCAUCCAUCACCAUGUUUACCAUUUUACCAUGCUUUCUCUCUCUCUCUCUGCCCCUAUUGAAAUUAAGGGGUUCUCUGUUAUAACCUCAUCAGUCAUCAACAAAUAUAUAUAAAGAGACCCCUUUUCAUUUCAAACCACAAAGACUCUAGUUGUGGACUCCAAUCUUCAUCUAUAUUUCCUAGCAGACAGAAGAGGAAAGGCAAAUGGGUAGCCAAGAAUUAGAGGAGGAAGAGUUGGUGCAGAUGGUCCGUGACUUCAUAGAAUCAGAAUCACCAUCAUCGCCCUCCUUUGCUUCUUCACAAGGCUUAACCUUUAAUCAGCAACCCACCUAUCUCACUCUACAGGAGAUACUUGGGAGUGUUGAAGAUACCGAGGAGGAAGUUCUUCAAAAAGUCUUGAAAUAUUUGAGAAAUAAAAACACUGCUGGGAAGACUACUAACCUGAAAAAGUGGCUUGUGAUGAGGUUGAGAAUUGAUGGUUAUGAUGCUUCUCUCUGUAGAACUUCUUGGGUCACCACCUUCAAUUGUCCUGGAGGUUCUCUCUCUAUCUCUCUCUCUCUUUUUUUUGUCACUUUGGGUUUCUUAAUGUCUUUUCUGGGUGUUGCAGGUGAUUAUGAGUACAUUGAUAUUAUGAUGCAGGAUGACAAUGGAGGUGUAGGAAGAUUGAUAGUAGACAUUGAUUUUAAGUCUCAGUUUGAAUUGGCAAGGCCUACUUCUUCCUAUGCACAGCUCACAGACACACUUCCCUCCAUCUUUGUUGGGUGUGAAACCAAGCUUAACAAGAUCAUCUCAAUUCUUUGCACAGCUGCAAAACAGUCAUUGAAAGAGAGAGGUCUUCAUGUUCCUCCAUGGAGAAGGACCAGUUAUAUGCAAUCCAAGUGGCUCUCAGAUAAUUGUCAGAAAGUCCGACCUACUCCUCGUUUCACCUCUAACAGAGAUCUGCAGAAAUAGAAAGGAAGGAAGCAUUGGUGUCGGACAUGGUUCCUCUCUGUGUUUAGCAAGUGGGCACCUCUAGUUCCGACUGUGAAGCCCAAAAGAAAGAGAAGAGAUUUAGGUUUUGCCUCUGGCUUGUCUAGCCAAUUUUCCAACUUCAAUAUCAACUGCUGUUAAGUUCUUAGUUUAGAUAAGGGAUCUGAAUUUCCCUGAUGAGGCAUUGAAGCACUAAGUUUUGGAUUUUCUAUGGGAAUGUUUAAUUUUUUUUUUUUUUUGGGUGUGUUGUGUAUGGUAAUUACAAUGACUUGAAAGUCUCUUUUUGGUGUCAAUUAGCCAUUGGCCUACCCAUUAAGCUAAGACUCAGACAGACUUACAUUUUAGAUUCCAAU